GAUAGAGUUUAAAAGUCUGGACACACUUUUUUUUCUCUCUCCAGGCUGCAGCUCUGCUCUACUUCAUUCCCGCACGGAUUUAACCACUAAGACGCUUUAAUAAACUGUGGAUGUGUGAUUGUCGGAGGAAUAACUAACCUCAGUAUCUAAUUCAAAUUUUAAAAAAACCUGGAAAACAUGGGAGUAUUUUGAUGUUUUGACCUGGAAUCGGGAGCCUUGGAGCUGCAGGACCAUGUAGCUCAGAGAAAAGUAUUCAGGCCUGAGGGCCCGCUCUGCUUCCUGUUCUUCACCCACUGUUGGAGCAUCGAAGCGGACGACUGGGUCGGCUGGUCGGGCGCACGAUGCCAGGAUGCCCAUCACUCAGGACAACGCCCUCAGCAUCCUCCCUCUGUUGGAGGACUGGCACAAGACUCAGACUACAAGAGGAAGGAAGGACCAGAACCAGAACCAGGAAACUUCUGGAGACAAGCAGGUGGAUCAGGACUGGUACAGGAAUGGGGAGGGGGACAGCGUGUGCAGCAGCAGCAGCGUGAACAGUUUAAACAUGGACGACAUGUCUGUGUGUGUGGCUGCCAUUCAGAAGCUGGUGGAGUACAUAAAGUUUAACUUCAUGGAGGGGGAGGUCACUCUGUCUCCCAGCCCGUCCUCCUGCAGGGAGGGGUUAGACGUGGAGAUCCAGGCCGUCUCCAUGAGUAAAGAGGAGGACGACUCUGCAGAGUUCGGCCUCAGCUACGGGAACAUCCCAAUCUUUGGAGACCCCGACGGGAGGAAAAAGGGGGGCCCGAGGAGGAGGAGGGACCAGGGCCCCAUCAUGGACGUGGGCUGUAUCUGGGUGACGGAGGUGAGGAAGAAGAGCCCGGCCGCCCGCUGUGGGGGGAUCAAACUGAGAGACGAGCUGCUGUCUCUGAACGGACAGCUGAUGGUGGGAGUGGACGUCAGCGGAGCCAGUUACCUGACUGACCAGUGCUGGAACGGAGGCUGCAUCUACCUGAUCAUGCUGCGGCGAGUCAAGAGAAAAGCCCCUCCCCCUCCCCGUGAGGUCAACGGCGUCCUCAGUGUGUCUUUGAGUGGAGAUGGCUGUGACGGACAGCAGGAGGGCGGAGCCUGCGACCCCUCUGACAGCUCAGGAAACUUCAAACGCACACGCAAGUUUGGAGUCAUCUCGCGCUCGUCCUUCACUCGAGACAACAGAGACGGGUCAGACUCCGAGCUGCAGAGCGGCUACACGCCUGCAGGAGACGACCCCCCACACACGCCCACAGAGGACAACACACACACCUGUCUUCAGGUGAGACCUACAAUCCAUCGGAUGCACAGCGGAGGCUCGGCCACGCUGCCAACACGGAGCCACAGCCAGCUGUUAGAGAGCAAAAUGGAUUCAGUCAGCAGCGAACCUUCAAACCAGUCCAGAGACGGCAGCCACAUCUGGAAGAUGCAUCUGGUGAAGGGCCAGGAGGGGCUGGGCAUCCAGAUCACCGGGGGGCGAGGCUCCAAGCGCUCACCUCAUGGCAUCAUCAUCGCUCGAGUGGAGGAGGGAGGAGCCAUUCACAGGGACGGUCGUCUGCACGCUGGUGACGAGCUGCUGAUGAUUAACGGUCAGUCUCUGGUGGGUCUCACUCAUCAGGAGGCCGUCUCCAUCCUCCGCUCCACCUCCGGACUCGUCCAACUUGUGGUGGCCACCAGGGAGGAGUCAGACGUCGGUUUCGAGCGUUUCCCCUCCACCAGUCUACCUGACCUGGUCAGCACCUGUAGUUACCUGUCCUCCCUCAGUCUGACGGCCCCCCCUCACUCACCUCAGGAUUCAGACUGCAGCCCCAGCCUGCACAAACCCUGCCUGGCGACUAACCAGGAGAAACAGGAAGAACAGAGUCAGGCGGAAGCACCCAAAGGAUCCUGCUGCUCCACACCCACCAAACUCAACAGCAGACCCUCGGGGGGAAGCAGUCGUCUGGAGUCGGUGGGCGAGGACGACGAGCUGUUUGUGGAGAAUGGCGUGAGCAGCUGUGAAGUGGUAGAAAAGCCUCCGCCUGGCCGACGGAAACACUCACUACCUCAACAACUCGAUACAGGAGGAGUGAGACAGGAGUAUCAGAUCAUUAAGAAAUCAGCUCGCUCUCUGAGCACCGUUCAAGUGGAGUCUCCAUGGCGACUGGCACAGCCGUCCAUUAUCUCCAGCAUCGUGCUGAUGAAAGGCCAGGGCAAGGGUCUUGGCUUCAGUAUUGUUGGAGGUCAGGACUCAGCUCGGGGUCAGAUGGGGAUUUUUGUGAAAACCAUUUUCCCUCACGGAGCUGCAGCCGCUGAUGGACGGCUGAAAGAGGGAGACGAGAUUCUGGAGGUGAACGGAGAAUCUUUGCAGGGACUCACACACCAACAGGCCAUCCAGACCUUCAAGCAGCUGAAGAAAGGAGUGGUGACUCUGACCAUUCGGACUCGUCUUCGUAGUCCCAGUCUGACCCCGUGUCCCACCCCCACCCUCCUCAGCCGCUCCAACUCACCAAACUCCAACACAAGCGGGGGGACGCCAGUCCCUGCAGGGUUUGAAGAUACUGAGGGUCGCAGGGGCCCCGGACCUGGUCCCAAAGACUGCAUCAUCAUGGAGGUGACACUGAAUAAAGAGCCCAAUGUGGGACUGGGGAUCGGCGUUUGCUGUCUCACUCUGGAGAACUCUGCUCCUGGGAUCUACAUCCACAGUCUGGCUCUGGGAUCUGUGGCCAAGAUGGAUGGCAGACUCAGUCGUGGAGAUCAGAUCCUGGAGGUGGACUCGGUCAGUCUCCGUCACGCUGCUCUCAGUGAGGCCUAUGCCAUCCUCAGUGAGUGUGGACCUGGACCGGUCAGUCUCAUCAUCAGCAGACACCCCAACCCAAAGGUUUCAGAGCAGGAGAUGGAUCAGAUUAUAACUCGAUCUACACUCAGGGACAAAAUGAACAAAAACAGAAUCUCCUCUCACCCUCAAGGUGUGUCCUGUAAGAGUCCCGGCCUGGCGGUGAAGGAGCGACAGGGAGACGGCUCGCCCCUUCUCAGCUGGACCAUGAAGAGGUUCCUCGAACCGGCCAGCAGACAGGGGUCGCUGAGCUCAGAGAGCGAGCUGUCUCAGUACUUCCCUCAGGAUGUUUCCACGAACUCGUUCUCCGAGUCCUUGCUGACUGGCUCGACCAGCGAUGAGGCCAUACACCAGCAGAGCUGCGUUACCUCCAUGGAUGACAGCUUAUCACAGACACAUGCUUUCACCCCGUCUCUGACACAAGUGGAGAGGGAAUCCGUCUACAGCGCAUCACAAGACAAGAACGCCGCCCCCUCCCACGCCCAUCAGCAUGCAGAGGCAGUUUGCCCGCCCAUCUCUGUCUCCAGUCCCACCUCGAUGCGGAGCCCGCUCCUCCGGCAGCGACGGGUGAUGUGCUUCGAGGAGCAGCUUAGUGACGAAGACGAUUCUGACAACGCUGGACUCUUCGACAAGGCAACCAAAACCAACUCGGUUAACCUCAGUGGCGCCAGAGAAUCCCACAAAUCGAAAACUGAUUUAGCCAUUGUUUCCGCUACGUCUUCGUUAAAUGUAGAUGGGGACAGUGAGAACGGAGGAGAUUAUCAGGGAAGCAGCGACGUGGCGUCUCUGCUUCAUUGUAGUUUCUCUCAGUGUGAGGAAGCCCUGCCUGGUUCUGAGUCCCCCUUCAUGCCUAUCCGCUGCCCCUCAGAGCACAGAGCAGGGAGUGCGGGGUCGUCUAAUCUGACCAUCAACACUGAGAGCGCCGUCAAUAAAGAUGAUGGACAGGUGGAGUCAAAGCGCUCCCCCAAGCUCGAGCACAAAGCAGUAAUGCGAGUCAAAAGUAUGAUGAGCAUUGAAGCACCAAACCUGACCCAGCAGCAGAAGUCCAGAGCUGAUGAGCCCUCCCCAGGUUCGACCCCCUCCCAGCCCCCGGCCCAGGCUUCUCAGGGUGGGAAAAACACUACUGCUGGGCUGAUUCCACAUCACCACUAUAAGAAGGGAGAAACCAGUGAGCUUGCAGGUGUGUGUACUAUCGACACAGUGACUCUGUGGAGGAGAGAGGAUGAGUCGUACGGACUGGAUCUGGAGAUCAUGUCGUCCCCUCUGAAGGUUGUCAUCACCGGGUUAAAACCUGGAGGAGCAGCAGACAGGGAAUCUGCAGGAAAGCUGUGUCCUGGAGAUGAGAUUGUAAAAAUUGGAGAUAAGCUGGUUUGUUCCUCUAGCUACCAGGAAAUCUGUGAGCUCAUGCUCAAUCUUCCAAUGACUCUGUCCAUAGAAGUGAAGAAACCAGUGUCAGCUGUAGAUCAUCUGUCCAGUCUGAUCAUGUCGUCAGGUAACAGUGAUGGAGCCGCCAGACAGAAAGCACCCAGAUCUGCUCAGGGGACGUCUGAUGAAGAAGCAAAAAUGAGUGAAAAUUCAGUAACUUCAAACCACAUUGCCGAAAUAGAUGAAGACUUUAAAAUCCCCAUCACAAAUAUUGAUGAUAUCUUAUCAGUAUUGAGCCCCAGCAGUGAUAAAAGCACAAACACAAAAUUCUCCUAUGAGCCUGAAUCCUGUUGUUCAGAACAAACCACUGUGACUCCACCUGAGGAAACUGAGAAUCAGGAUCCAUCAAAGUCUGACUCUGACCUAACAGAUCUUUCUGUUAGAGGAGAGGGAAAAGACGAAGGUACCAUCCUCUCUGUGGAGACAACACAGGAGAAGAGCCCUGCUGCUGGUCCUACAUGUAUGUACAGCCCAGGAGACGACAGUGAUUCAGACAGUGACUCGUCCCCUGACAGCAGCGUGUUGGUCAUUAAGUUAUCCAACAGCGCACGACGUGAGCCGUCAUCAGAUGAGGAGGAGGUGGAGCUUUGUUCUUUGGACGUGCAGCAACAGAAUUCAAGCCGUAAAACAAACGGGUAUUCAUCUUUUCACCAAACCACAACUCAAAACACUCACCUGGAUCAGACCUGUGAAGUCUCACAGUCGCUCAAAGAGAACUCAGCAACACAAUGCUCUCAGGUUUCUUCUGCAGGGCAACAACACCAGACCUCCAGCUGUAGGAUACCUGUAACCACUAUAGAUUCAAACACAGACAGCUCCAUAGAACCCUGUGAUAAAAUGAAAGCAUGUCUGAGCGUCUACAGAGGCUCCUCCCCUCCACAAACCAACAGUCUCACUCAGGGUUUUUCUGCAAAUAUAAAGACAGACUCCUCACUGACCUCAGAUUUACCGAAGCAUCUGAAAACAGAGACACCUCAUUCACCAGCAGAGAAAUCAGAGAUCUCAGGUUCAGGAUCAGAAGCCAGACUGUCGGCUUCAGCGACGAACUCAGAGAAGCUGCUGGAGUGCACAACUAAUUCCUUGCUAAAGAAAACUCCUGGGCUGAAACUGUUUGAUAAAUCUGACGCUCCGGUGAGGGGUAAUAACUGUAAAGCUCAGGCUGAAACUCUAAUACAGACAAACACUCCCAAACUGAAGGGUCUGAGUAUAAAGAGCAAGAGCCAAGAACCUAAGAGGAGUGAAAGUCCUUUAAACACAAGCAACUCAACGAAAUCACCGCCAACAGCAACCAUGUCCAGCCUUUCUAAGACCAAUAACCAGCCUGACACACACAGCAGCCUUGUUUCACCCAGAGUCAGAAAGAGAGUUACGAGCAGCCACGGACCUUCUGAGGGCACAUUACAUACUGCACAACCGACCAAGGAGAAGGACUCCAAGCUAACAUCACCUCCUGCAACUCAGAGGACAUUCAUCGAGGUCCGUCUGUCUCCGUUAUCCUCACACAAAGAAACAAAAGAUGCAAAACUCUCAGAUAGAAACACAGAUUCAACUGCCACAGUGGAGAAAAACAACAGCAUGUUCACUAACGCAGCGCUGGGUACACUUUGUUUGACUAAAGAAAGUCAUUUCACUACAAGUAACGGCGCCAAACACAGCCCUGAGGUGGAGAUGAGUGAGAACAUGAAGUCAGGCGUGUCCAGACUUUAUAUAAAGUCAGAGGAAAGACAAAGCUUCCCCUCUGACUCUGACAAAUACAAGCCCUUCUCUGUGCGACAUAAAAUCAAGUCCUUCGAGAAUCUGGCUCACUUUGACAAACCGGUCUCUAGAAGCAGUGACAUUCAGUCGUACGCUCUGGCAUAUCGAGCCUCACUGAACCAAAGGAUCGCCGGUUACAUGGACUUAGUGAACUCGACCGACUGCCAGACACGACACAGGAGUUUCAGCCCUUAUAUGGACAACCUGAUCACCAGCACACCUCUCAUGCUGGGGAAAUCUCCAUCCAGCAUUGCUCUGAUAAAUCUUGAUCUGCCUGAUUUAAGCUGUAAAACGUCUCCGCUGUGUGAGACUGAAGGUCAGAAGAUGGCUGGGACGCCUCAGGUGCUGCGGAGGAAACACGGGAAACUGGCCCGCAACCGGUUGAGGCAGCUCAGGGCUCUCAGUAUGCCGGAGCUGGAAAAGAUCUGCACAGAGGACUUCACCAAAGGGACACCUGAGGAGAAGCCUGAGCCCGGAAUCAGUGAGCCUGUACCCACAGCGGCGUCAGAGACUGAAAGCCGUCCACCUUCAUCCCUGAUGAGGACAGAGGUGAACAGGGUGAGCCGGGCUGAUCUUAGAUCCACUGAAGAGACUCCUCAGAAAACCUCAGAGAGCCACAGAGCAGGCUGGUCUAUCAGUUUGAAGGAGCUGUCUGCGUCUCCUGAGAGUCAGAAGCAGCUUCAGACUGUGACGGCGAAAUCAGACGUGUCUGCUCUGCUGCAGGAGGUCAAAUCUCUCUCAGAGGCUAACAGUGAAACUCACCUGGUGGUCUUGAAUAAAGAAGAAGGAACAGGACUGGGUUUCAGUGUCGCUGGUGGAGUGGACCUCGAGCAGAAAGCAAUAACUGUUCAUCGGGUGUUCAGCAGAGGAGCAGCCAGCCUGGAAGGGACGAUCCAGAGAGGAGACAACAUCUUAUCCAUAAACGGCACCAGCCUGGCAGGAAGAACUCAUGGAGAGGCUGUGUCCUGUCUGCAUCAGGCCCGGCUGUCCAGUCAGGCGCUAGUGGUGAUUCAGAGAGACGGUCAACAGAGACUCGACCUCGCUGAAAAAACACAGAGGACGAGUUCUAACGGGAGGAGAUCUUUAGGAGCCGGAUCAGCGCUGGUUGUGGGUCCAGACGGAGCUUUGAAGGUGGAGCUUCAUAAGACCUCAGCUGGUCUGGGCUUCAGUCUGGAGGGGGGGAAGUCCUCGAGCCAGGGAGGGGACAGACCUCUGACUGUCAAACGCAUCUUUACAGGGGGCGCUGCUGAGCUGUCCAGGGUUAUUGAAGUUGGUGAUGAAGUCUUGUCCGUUAACGGCUGCUCUCUGGAGGGCCUCAUGCACCACGAUGCCUGGAAGAUCAUUAAAGCCUCUGAUGAAGGGCCGAACCAGCUCCUCAUCCGCAAACCCAGAACCUGACCAUGGACCGUCUAAUAACAUAUAUACAGUCUGUAUAUAUUAUUACUGUAUAAGUAAAUAUGCAGCCUGUUAAAUAGUAUACAGUCUGUAUAACGACGACGACACAGAGAGAGAGCGGAGACAAUCAGGAGACAUAUGGAGAAGCUAUUUCCCUUUUAUUGACACAUCUCCUGAUGGACUUUGUUUGAGAUUGUGUCCUGUUUCAUGUUUUUACUCAUAAAAAGGUCAAAUUGGAUGGACCACUAACUGAUGUGAUGUGCAAUGCUGAAUCAUGGUUUACUUCAGAUGGGACGUGCAGUUUGUUUACAACAGAUUCACUUUGAAAACUUAAAAAAAAAAAAAGAAAAAAGAAAAAAAAAUUUUUUGGAUGUCAGUUGUUUCUUUUUUUAA